AUGGCUUCAGUAACAGAGAAUGAGUUCUCACUUCCUUCACCCAUUUCCUCGUCUCCCAGUCCUUUUCAUAAGAAAAGCUGGAUGUCAAAACAUCCUAAUGGCUCUCUUAACGUAGGGAAGCCUCCCUUAGGCCAAUUCGUUUUGACUCCAGAGCCUUCCAGCAACACCUUUUAUCAACCAUCGUCACCCAUUUCCGCCGUGAAACGGGAACCUUUAACGCCCAUGUCGUAUGUGAAGAUGAAUGUGUCUCGUGUCAUCAAGAUUGGACGCUCAACACAACAAUGUGAUCAUGUCCUUUCCAUCGCUGACAAGGCUAUUUCACGCGUCCAUGCAGUCGUUAUAUGCACACUUGACCGUAUGAUCGUUGAGUGUGUAGGUUGGAACGGUAUGAUUCUUACUGACUCCUUACGCAAAGCCGUCUACCACAUGAAAAAAAAUGACCGUGUCGUUUUGUUCCGUCCAGGACUUGACAGUUGUCCUAUACUAGAUGUUUUUGGGUAUCGAAUGCUACUUGGCUGGCCCGAAGAUCCUUUCGAUACCGAAGGAGAAAACUCAGAGUAUGAUGAUGCCGCAAAUGAAAAUGAAGCACCGAUGUCUCCAUCAACUCGCGGACACCUUCCUUUGCUACCUUCUUCUCCUCCUCAAGAAAUCGGAGCUGAUCCUGAACUUUUUGCUGCCCAGGCAUUGACAAAAGCAAGAUUUAAGGAUAUCGCAAACACAUCUACCGAAGAAAACGAGCCAGCUAGAAAACAACGUGUACUUGAAAGACUUAUUGAGGUUGGAAUGGAAGAAGACAAAAAAGCCAAUGUACAUGCCGCUGAGGAAAUUGACAUGUCUAUGAUGAAUGAAUCAACAGCUAAAAUGGAAGAGAAUGAUUCCUAUCUUAAGCCUAAUCUCAGCACUGAAUCCUAUAGCUGUGAUCCAAACCAUGAACAACAAGACAUCCAAGUAUAUCAAGAUGAAGAAGGAAGUAACGGCGAAUUUUACAAUAACGUAGUGCCAACGCCGGAGGAGCCCAUCGUCGUUCGCCAUGAUAGCAUGGACGAAAGUGCUGAAGGUUUAGCGAACAGAAAACACCUAAAGAACCUAAUUGCGAACCGGGAAAUGGAAGAGAAUCAAGAACCUCCUACUGCCAUAUUACCCUCUUCACCGUACAAUGAUGAUGAAAAUGCAAAUACCAUGACCCCUAACUCAUAUAACGAAGUAAAAGCUGAUCCUACCACCUGUUUACAAGAAAAUGGCUACGCUAAUGAGCCUUCUGAAAAUUAUGUUGAGUCAUCAAAGGAAAAUUCAGCUCCCGAAAGUCUACUAAUGGGACUCAUUUUGGAUGAAUUGGUUUUUUCUACAACUUCUACGACGGCGUUGACCGUGUUAGCUCACUUGUUCCCAAGCGGUAUGCCUUUGGCUGCCGUUCAGGACCACUUACGCGAGCUUGCUAAGCAAUAUUCAUACCUAAAGGAGGUUCGACGAUUUGGAACGGAUGCCAAUGGCGAUCCUCUUUGGAGUCAAUGGUAUUAUAACCCGGAAGAAGAUGACGAUGAAGAACGUCGCCAGCGUUAUGCACCAAUUAUGCGUCCUGUGCGUUCUUCGCGCCGAGUCCAUAAGCAAUAUUUUUGGAAAAAGCCUCGUACUCGUGUACGUUCAUCGAAUCACUCCUCUAGAAAACGCCGUUUGGCAUAA